AUGAAAACGGCUAUCCUUAUUCUUGCUGUCGUUAGCGCUGUGCUUUGUGCUCCUCCCGGCGUGGGUCAGCAUGGAGCUCCAAGCGUUGGGAAUCAAGCAGAGGUCGGAGAUUCUCCUGAGAUGCACACGAUGAUAGUGCAUGAUGGAAAUGAAGGUCCCGCCAUCGCGCCAGCUGUUGCUCAUCACAGACCACUUCCACCACCGUACCUUGGCAAUGUCUCUGAUGAAGCUCGUCAGGAAUAUUUCAACAUUUCUUCCAACAUGAAUACCUCAAUCGCUCAACAAAAGCAGAAUAUCCUUGCAUGGGCUCAGAAGAAUGGAGUUGAGGCCCAGGUGCAGGAGUUCAACAACAACAUGACCACUCUGAUAACUCAAAUGAAGCAGAACGUGACCACCCUGAUCAACUCAUUGCCGUCAGCACUGCAACAGUUUCUUUCUGUAGCUGGUAAUGAAACUCAAACUCCCAUGGAAAUGAAAGAGGCUAUGCACAGCCUGAUGGCGCAGAGUCCAGAGGUGUACCACAUUAUAAAACUCGCAAUGGGAAGCAUCCAUCCACACGGUGCUGGCUUUGCGCAUGGGCCACGAAAGUUCCACGCCAUGAAGGAACCAAAAGUAGAAGAAGAAGAAGGGGAAUUCCAUACCAUGGACAUGCCAGAAGAAGAUAACAAUGAAGAAGAUCUCUAG